GCUCGUUUGUAUCUUCGUUGUCUGCUGCAAAAAGGGAGACGGGCGUCAGCAGAUCAGAGGUAUCCACUUCAAGCGUUCCAUUCGCUGUAAUCACUGCGGAGGCCUUGCAUGCAUUUUGGUCAAGGGCAAUCAAUAUUCAAGCCAAGGCUGGCGUUGGAUACGUCUGUACGUUAAGGUAAAGAAAUGUGUGGGAGAUCUUGGUCACUCCCCUCCUCCUGUACUCCUUCUCUCUGUUCUCUCGUUCACUCGAGCUUAUCCCAAUCCUUUUCUCUACUAAAAGAAAGCCCAACAUAAGAGCACUCCUAGUCUUUCGAAAUAAACCUGUUCAAUACGUCAAAAUGGAUUCAUCUAGCUCAACAAACUAUCUUGUAACUGGUGCCAAUCGGGGUACGUUUCAAUGGCAUUCCUUAUUAGGAGUAGAGUCCAGUCUAAUCUCCCCAGGUAUUGGUUACGGACUGCUCCGUAUCCUUUUAUCCCGUCCCAAAUCUAUUUGCAUUGCGGCUGUUCGCGAUACUGUGGCUGCAAAGGAAGCUCUCGCCUCGCUUCCCGUGGCCACAGAUAGCAAGCUUAUUGUUGUCAAAAUUGAUAGCAACGUCGCCACUGACGCAAGGGACGCUGUCGAAGUGUUGAAAGAGACUCAUGAAAUAAAGCAUCUUGAUGUUGUUAGUAGAACCGAUUAGCAUUUGAAGGUCUAAGGAGAUGUGUUUCUUCUUUCUUCUUCUUGGUCAUAUGUGCUUGAAGAAUCGAAAUGGGGAAUGGCGCUUCCGUCUACCAAGAAGACAUUGAUCUGGAGCUCUUCUUAGAGCACACAAACAUAUUCGUAUUAUGAAAGCACGACUGACUUCAUUUAUUCAAUAGAUUGUUGCCAAUGCCGCGAUCGGCGACGAUUACGGAAGUCUUGUCGAUAUCAAACUUGAAACCAUUCAGAAGAAUAUCGAGACUAAUGUCUACGGUAGUACAUUUUCGUCCAAUAUUUCGAUGAAGCCAGCUGACCAAACUUGCUCCCAGGUCCGAUUACGCUUUUUCAAGCCGUACUGCCACUCCUCUCUGUAUCUUCUUCUCCCAAAUUCUGCCUUCUUGGAAGUGUGGUUGGCAGCAUUGGUGGGAUGGAGAAAUACCCGUAUCCUUUGCCAGCCCUUGGUCUGAGCAAAGCCAUGGCACAUUACUUCGUACGCAGGAUAAAUCUCGAACAUGGAGGUGGGAAUGGAAAAGUGGUGGCGUGGUGUGCGUAUCCUGGGUAUGUACUCCAGUCUCAUUGUCAGCCCGUGGGGAGCGAUACUUGAUAGUGGAAAAUAUCCAUGUAUAUUUCUCUGCGCAAGCUGUUACUGACUUGAUUCAUCGAAGUUUCGUCCAGACCGAUACUGGAAAUUCGGGAGCCAGGAGAUUUGGCAUGAAGGAAGCCCCUGACACUAUUGAGGCUGCUGCAGGCUUUGUAACUAAAACUGUGGGUAACAUCCCGUUUUUUACGUCUUUGUGAGAAAUGCUGACGGGUGAUCUCCAUAGAUCGAUGAUGCUUCCAUGGAAAACACAGGCGGCCGUUUCCCGAGUCUCUACGGCGGGGAAAUUGAGUGGUGAACGGUAGGAUCACUGGUUGGAAAAUCAAUAUCCUUGAUUGAAAUAUUGAGGUGGUUUCGGCCGUGAAGUGCCGUUCUGACUAAGGAUACUUGCAAAAACUUGUUUUAUUUGAUGUCAUGGUAGCUGGUCAC